AACAUUAGAGAGAGAGAGAGAGAGAGAGAGAGAGAGAAUGGGGGAGGUCGGAGCAGCGAAUCUGACAUUAGAGUUCACGUCGACGUGGGUGGUGGCCGUCGUUUGUAGUGUGAUAGUGCUGAUUUCUAUCCUUGUUCACAGAUUUCUUAAAUGUGUGGGGCAGCUUUUGAGCAGGCCGAAGAAGAAUUGCCAGGGUCUUCGCAGGCACCGGCGAAAGCAUCUCUUCGAUGCCUUACAGAAGAUUAAAGAAGAGUUGAUGCUGUUGGGGUUCAUAUCCUUGCUGCUAUCGGUGUUCCAGACGAGAAUCGGGAAGAUUUGCAUACCGCAGAGACUUGCCUACGCCUGGCUUCCCUGCCACCAGCCUUCUCCCUCUUCUUCCACCACCACUGCUGACUUCCUGACUAAUCCGAUCGCUUCCGAUGGAUAUCACAGACACCCAAUCCCGGACGGCACCCCUGAUUACUGCAGCCAAAAGGGGAAGGUGCCGUUGUUAUCUUUUACAGCACUUCACCAUCUGCACAUCUUCAUAUUUGUGCUAGCAAUCUUUCACAUGAUCGUCUGCGUGGUCAUUAUUCUAUGCGGAAAAGCAAGGUUGCACUAUUGGUGGAAGUGGGAGCAAUGCAUUAUAGAGAACAGGGAAAACGAGCGUUAUAUUAACGAAGAGGAUCUUCGCCGCAAGCUCACCCAGCUUGCUGAAAAAGAUGGUCGUUUUUCUAACCAAGGCAAAAGAUCAGCAGUAAUUGACUGGUUGCAUAUGAUUGGCAAGCACUUUUUUCCGUCCUUGACUAAGUCCGAGUACAUUGCUAUCCGUGUGCAUUGCGUCAAGGCAGGAAAUUAUGGGCUUGCUUCUCCACAGGCCCGUAAUUUGGAAAAGCCCAAAGACCAUUUUGAGAAGUACGUUAUCCGCGGUGUGCAAAAGGAUUUUGACAAAGUCGUUGGAAUCAGUUGGUAUCUGUGGUUGUUCGUGGUGCUUUUCUUGCUCCUGAAUGUUGCUGGAUGGAAUGCCUACUUUUGGAUAUCUUUCCUUCCAUUGACUCUUCUGCUGGCUGUCGGCACAAAACUGGAGCACAUAGUAAAACAGCGGACUGACAAGAUCAUCGCGGCGUAUCAUUCAAGUGCUGGGGCCUCGGAAUUAAAAGUUACCGAUAUUGAAUUUUCAAAUGAAGAUUUCUGGUUCCAAAAGCCUCGCCUUGUCCUCAACUUGAUUCACAUCAUACUCUUCCAAAACUCUUUCGAACUUGCUUUUUUCUUCUUUAUAUUGUUCCAAUAUGAUCUUCACUCAUGCAUUAUAGGAAAGGUGGACUAUGUCAUCCCGAGACUUGUCAUAGGAGUGUUUGUCCAGAUCAUGUGCAGCUAUAGAACACUGCCACUAUAUGCCAUUAUAAAAAAACAGAUGCUAUUGAAGCACAGUAGAUCGAAAAAAGAGAAAGAAAUGAAGAUUGUGACUUACAUUUGGGACCGCAUUGACAAGUGGGAUGAAAGGAAGAAGGCAACUGAAAAUGGAUCAACCCAAGGGGGUUCGAGAAAGGACUAGUGACAAAUGAGCAGACAAAAGCUGGUGAAAUUGAGCCAGAGGAGAAAGCAGACAUUGAAGCACAAGAUGGAAGCAAGCCUGAAAGUACAUGAAAACCAGGAGAGCAGCGAUGGGUUUAGUCGAAUAAGUUUUGCUUCUCUUUUGGGUCCCUCCGUAGUCUUGGCUGAUUCUUCUGUCAAGUCAUCGAACUUUGAAUUACUCUUGUCAUUAAUUAGGGUUUCACGGCCGGCCAUACUCCUGGAACCGAUCGCCGGACACUUGAAGAAGUCGUGUAUAUAAAUGAACCCGCUAGGGCUUGGUUGGUGUCGCUGGAAAGGGUUUAGUAAAUCAGAACCAGAACUUCGUUAAGAUUACCAAACUCUUGCGUAGGUAAUUUUUCUAAGGUUUGGCCUAUCUAUGAGGCAUAAGAAAGUUGGUAGAGCCGCAUCAUCUUUCA